AUGAAGCUUACCAACGCCUUCACCGUCUUCUCCCUCCUUGGUUCCGCCUUUGCGGUCAACCAGUGGAGCACCUACCCCAGUGUUCCCAAAACGGCAACCUACAACGGUUUCGCCGACCCCAUCUACGACGAUCUUCCAGAAUGUGCCAGAAGCUGUGUGGAGCUUUCCACCAGAUCCACCCCUUGUCCUUACUGGGACACAGGCUGUCUCUGUGUGAUGCCCCAGUGGUCUGGUCUUGUGGCCGAGUGUAUUGUCCAGGGCUGCCGUGAAAAGGAAAUCGCCACUGCCACGUCGUUGGCCAUGUCGCUUUGUAACAAGGUGGGAGCCAAUGCCUGGAUCAUGCCUUCUUCUGUUUCCAACCUUCUUUCCAGCGCUGCCGGUUCUGCUUUCUCCGCGCCCUCCACCACUCCCGACUCGCCAUGGACGGAAUCGUCUGUUUUGCUGUCUGUGUUGGCUACGGCGAAAACCGAGGACAAGACCCGCUCUGGCGGUCCCACCGAUAGUAGCAGUUCCAACGGCGCUGCGGCCCAGGGCGCCGGCGUUGCGCUUAUGUUGGUUCUCGGUGCUCUUUUGACUUAG